AAUAUCUUCAAAAUGUUGCCAAAAUUUGUAGUUAUUUUUGCAGCAGUCUUAUUAGGUUGCCAAGUUACCUUCGCCAGCAUGUUUGGUUAUUCUGAACCAAAUCAAAGACGUUGGUCUCGUCGCCAUGGCCACUGUGCUGGAAAAACUCAAUCUCCCAUUGCUCUACACGUUUCAAAGUCGAUACCACUACAUAUGCCAGCUGUUGAUAUGAUUGGAUAUCAUAAUUUGUUGCCACAUCCAUUGACAUUGGUUAAUAACGGUCAUACAGUAUCAAUUACCAUUCCUAAAUUGGAUGAUGAGGCCAAAGAGAAGGGUGAAUUUAUGCCGUACAUUCGUGGUGCCAAGUUGCCAGGUGAAUUCGAGGUGGAAAGCGUUCAUUUCCAUUGGGGCGAUAAGAACAAUCGCGGAGCGGAGCAUGUUGUCAAUGACAUUCGUUAUACCAUGGAAAUGCAUAUUGUGCAUCGCAACAAGAAGUACAAAACUAUGCCGGAGGCCUUGGACUAUGCUGAUGGCGGUGCUGUAUUGGGUUUCUUUUUCAAUUUGGAUGAGGAUGACAAUAAUGGAUUGCAAGCAAUCAAUCGUCAUUUGCAUUUGAUUCCGGAUGCCAAUAAUGAGGUGGCCUUGAAUGUAACAUUUUCAUUGGCAUCUAUCAUCAAUGGUGUUGAUAUCGACAAAUUCUACACAUACAAAGGUUCUCUAACAACACCACCCUGUUCCGAGGCUAUCACGUGGGUUUUAUAUCCCGAUCCCAUUCCAAUUUCACCCAAGCAGAUUUCUCGUUUCCGUCAAUUGGCCGAUGUUCAAGACGGGGCCUUGGUCGACAAUUAUCGCCAGCUGCAACCUUUGGGCAAUCGUCGUGUGUUUGUUCGCGCUGGUAACACCCAUCACACUUCGAUACAUUCUCUUGUAAACGAAGUCGAUUACAAAAAAUGGGAUUGGUUCAAUUGA